AUGAUGAAGUAAAAUGGAAAUGAAAUCCUUAAUUGCCCUUGCUGCAAUAAAGUUUACAAUCUUGAAGACAGAAGACCUCUAAUACUUCCUUGUGAAGACGAAAUCUGCAGUCAGUGCUACAAUAAUCAAAAAGACUAAGUUCAGAAUUAACAAAUUCAAUGUCCAUUUGACAGCAGCCAUCUCUGUGGAGUUGAUGAACCUGUUAAAGAAUUCAAAUAUAUGAUAAGAAGACUACACAAUCAGAUCAAUUGUGGAGAACACUAAGGUAAUCAUGUUUAGUUUUACUGCAAAAAGCAAAAUAACCUUAUCUGUGCCUACUGCUUCGUGUCAGAUUCACACUCUUAAUGCUAAUUCGAGGGAAUAAUACACUUAGCUUUUGAAAGGAAAUUUUUAGAUGAAUCAUUUGGAAAAAUUGUUCCUGCACUAUAAGAUCAAAAAAACUAACUUGAGGAUCAAAUAAGAAAUAUCAUUUCCUUCGUAGAUAAGAAUAGGAUCUUUAUUGCUAAUCCAACCAUUAAUGAGGAUAUGAAACAUGCACCUGUUCUAGGUUAAGAGAAGGAGGAGUAAAUAAAUCUAAGUGAACAUCAAAAAAUAGUUUCUGAUCUUCAAAAUCAAUUGAGAGAGGCAACUGCUUUACUAGAGACUAAAACUGAAGAGUAUGAGACUAAGUUGGAGACGUAGUAAAAGGAGAACAUCGAAAAAAUUUAAUCAUUAAAUAAGGAGUAUUAAGAUAAGUUAAAUUCGUAGUAAUAAGACUAUGAAGCUAAAAUAGACAAUAAGUAAAAAGAAAUUAAACUCAAAUUGGACUCUCAAUCCAAGGAAUUUCAAGCCAAAUUAAUCUCUGUGUCUAAAGAAAAUUAAGUUAAACUAGACAAAUAAAAGCAAGAAACUCAAGUCGAAUUGAAUUCUCAAACUCAAGAGUAUUAAACUAAAUUGGACUCCUAAUCUAAGCAAUAUAAAGCUUAACUGGAUACUUUGUUAAAAGAGAAUCAAAAUAAAUUGAAAACGAUGGCUAAUGAAUAUAAAUCUAAAGAAGAUUCUCUAAAAGAGGAAUUCCAAGUUUAGCUAAAAUCUUAGUCUGAGGAAUAUGAAGCUAGGUUGGAUAGUAUGUCUCAAGAACACUAAGCACAAUUAGACCAAUAGUCGAAAGAAAAUAAGGCUAAAUAAGCAAGUUUAUCAAAGGAAAAUAAACAUUAGUUGGAUAAUUAAUAAAAAGAAUUCCAAGAAAAUUUUAAAAUCAAGUACAAGAACUUCUAAGAAAAGAGUUUAUUAGGACUAAUACCUGAACAAAGGUUCAUGAAUUUCAGAAGAUUAGUUGACAAUACAGUAGAUAUCAACAACAAAAAAAAGCUUUUUAAGUUGCCUGGUAAAUGCAAGUUGCUAUAUAGAGCAUCAAGAGAUGGAUUUAAAGCAGCGAAUUUCCACUAACUAUGUGAUAAUCAAGGCCCUACUGUUUGCUUUAUCGAAAGUGAACACAAAGAAAUAUUCGGAGGCUACACAUCUGUACCUUGGACAUCUGAAAGCAAGUAUAUAAAAGAUAGUAGAGCGUUUGUAUUUAGCUUGAGCAAAAAUACAAUUCACUAGCAGUAUUAAAAGCAGGACAACGCUGUUGUACAUUACAAAGAUUGGUUAAUGGUAUUUGGAUGGGGAUAUGAUAUUUGUAUUAGAGAUGAUUGUAAUAUUAAUAAUAGCAGUUAUUGCAGCUUAGGAGGUACAUAUAACCCUGAGUAAGGUUUAAAGUAUAAGGAUGAAGAAGCCAAUGACUAUUUAGCAGGAAAAAAUCAAUUUAAAGUUGUUGAAAUUGAAGUAUUCAGUGUGGCUCUUGAUUGA